GUCGCCCGGCCGACCUGCGGCUGCGGGGCGGCAUGAGGAGAGCCGGGUGCGGCUGGUGGGGCCGCAGCUGAGGCGCGGCGGCGGAGGGGGGCCGCCGCCAUGUCGCUGCUGUGCGUACGAGUAAAAAAAGCUAAACUCCAAGGACCACCAGAUAAAUUCAAUACAUAUGUGACCCUGAAAGUGCAAAAUGUGAAGAGCACGACGGUAGCAGUGCGAGGCGACCAACCAUGCUGGGAACAGGACUUCAUGUUUGAGAUCAGUCGGCUGGACCUGGGCCUAAUUGUUGAAGUAUGGAACAAAGGACUUAUCUGGGACACCCUGGUUGGGACCGUGUGGAUUGCUUUGAAAGCCAUUCGUCAAUCUGAUGAGGAAGGUCCUGGGGAGUGGUCUACGCUAGAGGCAGAAGUUGUAAUGAAACAUGAUGAAAUCUGUGGAACCAAAAACCCGACUCCUCACAGAAUUUUGCUGGACACGAGAUUUGAAUUACCUUUUGAUAUCCCAGAGGAAGAAGCCAGAUACUGGACCAGAAAAUUAGAACAAAUAAAUUCUCUGGGAGAUGAUGAGUAUUCCUUUCAGGAGGAAGUCCAGAAGAAACCAUUGCCCAGUGCUGCCUCCCAGUGUUCCUUUGAAGAUGCUGACAGUGCUGUGGAUGAUCGAGACAGUGACUAUCGCAGCGAGACCAGUAACAGCAUUCCUCCUCCGUACCACACGACCGCGCAGCCCAAUGCCUCUGUGCACCAGUUCACCGUACCAUCACGCCUGCAGCAGCAAGGAGUCUUGCGGGAAUCCUGUGCUGACUCCCUACAAAAUUAUGACCUGGAUUAUCGUGAGCAUGUGGCCAUCAGUCCUGCUGGCAGUAGUAGAUAUGGCUCCUCUUGUAAUGUCAGCCAGGGGAGCUCUCACCUGAGUGAGCUGGACCAUUCCCAUGAAAGUGCCCAUGGCUCUGAGCAAGAUGACGAUCACCAGGAAAGAGAGUCAAAUCAUUCCUACCGCAGUUCGGGCAGCUACCAGAAGGAUGGCCAAACAUGGCUCAGGGAGCAAGAGGAGCCUCGCGGCAAAGGAGGGGAAGAGAAGGUCUGCGAGACAGAGGAGAAGCAUACCGAUCACUCUGCAGCUAAGUUACCCCUGGAACUUGACAAGCCCAAGGAUGUUGAUGCAAGAGCCCAAGUGAGCUACCACGGUGACAACGAACCACCAUUUUCUCCAGCGAGAGUCCAUUGGAUUCGAGCCAUUAGCAAAGUUCGACUGCAGCUUCAAGAGGGUCAAGAUGAGGCUGAUCCAUCAAAACCACCCUGGCUCAAAGGAGGGCCAGCAGGUGGUCUCUAUGGCAUUGAUAGCAUGCCUGAUCUCCGCAAAAAAAAGCCAGUUCCACUUGUCAGUGAUCUGUCACUGGUUCAGUCCCGGAAAGCCGGAAUUACCUCAGCAAUGGCCACUAGAACAUCUCUCAAAGAUGAAGAGCUGAAAUCUCAUGUCUAUAAGAAGACCUUGCAAGCCUUAAUUUACCCUAUCUCUUGUACAACCCCACACAACUUUGAAGUGUGGACAGCCACAACUCCUACCUACUGCUAUGAAUGUGAGGGGCUGUUAUGGGGUAUUGCACGGCAGGGAAUGCGCUGCGCUGAAUGUGGAGUCAAAUGCCAUGAGAAGUGCCAAGACUUGCUCAACGCUGACUGCUUACAGAGAGCAGCAGAGAAGAGCUCAAAGCAUGGAGCUGAAGACAGAACCCAGAAUUUCAUCAUGGCCAUGAAAGAUCGUAUGAAAAUCCGUGAGCGAAACAAGCCAGAGAUCUUUGACUUGAUUAGAGAUGUGUUCUGUGAGAGCAAAUUGACACAUGCCCAGCAGAUGAAGACGGUGAAGCAGAGCGUUCUUGAUGGCACCUCAAAAUGGUCAGCAAAGAUCACGAUCACAGUGAUGUGUGCUCAGGGUCUGCAAGCCAAAGACAAGACUGGUUCCAGCGAUCCAUAUGUAACUGUUCAAGUUGGUAAAACAAAGAAGAGGACAAAAACAAUUUUUGGAAAUCUUAACCCUGUUUGGGAAGAGAAGUUUUAUUUUGAGUGCCAUAAUUCCUCUGACCGGAUCAAGGUGCGAGUGUGGGAUGAAGACGAUGACAUCAAGUCUCGUGUCAAACAGAGGCUGAAGCGUGAGUCGGAUGAUUUCCUGGGACAGACAAUCAUUGAAGUCCGUACGCUGAGUGGUGAAAUGGAUGUGUGGUACAACCUUGAGAAAAGAACAGAUAAGUCUGCGGUGUCUGGGGCUAUCCGUCUGCAAAUUAAUGUGGAGAUCAAAGGUGAGGAGAAAGUGGCUCCAUAUCACAUUCAGUACACCUGCCUUCAUGAGAACCUCUUUCACCAUCUCACAGAUGUGCAAGGGAGUGGAGUGGUGAAGAUCCCUGAUGCCAAAGGAGAUGAUGCCUGGAAGGUGUAUUUUGAUGAGACAGCUCAAGAGAUUGUGGAUGAAUUUGCAAUGCGUUACGGCAUUGAAUCAAUAUACCAGGCCAUGACGCAUUUUGCAUGUCUCUCCUCCAAAUACAUGUGCCCAGGUGUGCCAGCUGUGAUGAGCACCUUACUUGCUAAUAUCAAUGCUUACUAUGCGCACACAACUGCCUCCACAAAUGUGUCUGCUUCGGACCGCUUUGCAGCCUCCAAUUUUGGGAAAGAACGAUUUGUGAAGCUUCUGGACCAGCUUCAUAAUUCACUUCGGAUUGAUCUGUCAAUGUACAGGAAUAACUUCCCAGCCAGCAGUCGUGAACGGCUGCAGGACCUGAAGUCUACAGUGGAUUUGCUGACCAGCAUUACUUUUUUCAGGAUGAAGGUUCAAGAGCUGCAGAGUCCACCUCGAGCCAGCCAGGUAGUGAAGGACUGUGUAAAAGCUUGCCUCAACUCCACCUAUGAGUACAUUUUCAACAACUGUCAUGAGCUGUACAGUCGCGAGUACCAGACAGAUCCCAACAAAAAUCAGGAUCUUCCUCCUGAGGAACAGGGUCCCAGUAUCAGAAACUUGGAUUUUUGGCCCAAACUCAUCACUUUAAUAGUUUCCAUCAUAGAAGAGGACAAGAAUUCUUAUUCCCCAGUACUGAAUCAGUUUCCUCAGGAGCUUGCUGUUGGUAAGAUCAGCGCAGAGGUGAUGUGGAGUCUUUUUGCCCAGGAUAUGAAAUAUGCCAUGGAAGAGCAUGAGAAACACAGACUGUGUAAAAGUGCAGACUAUAUGAAUUUACACUUCAAAGUGAAGUGGCUGUACAACGAAUAUGUUCGUGAUCUGCCUGCCUUCAAGGGAAAAGUGCCUGAAUAUCCAGCGUGGUUUGAGCAGUUUGUGAUGCAGUGGCUGGAUGAAAAUGAAGAUGUUUCCUUAGAAUUCCUGCAUGGUGCUCUGGAGAGAGAUAAAAAAGAUGGGUUCCAGCAAACAUCCGAGCAUGCUCUGUUCUCUUGCUCAGUGGUGGAUGUCUUCACCCAACUCAAUCAGAGCUUUGAGAUCAUUAAGAAGCUGGAGUGCCCAGAUCCUGUCAUUGUUGCUCAUUAUAACAGGAGGUUUGCUAAGACUAUUGGGAAAGUGCUGAUGCAGUAUGCUGACAUCCUGUCCAAGAGCUUUCAGUCCUACUGUUCCAAGGAGAAACUGCCCUGCAUCCUGAUGAAUAACAUCCAGCAACUGAGAGUGCAGCUAGAGAAGAUGUUUGAAGCUAUGGGUGGUAAAGAGUUGGAUGCAGAAGCAAGUGACCAUCUCAAAGAGCUGCAGGUGAAGUUGAACAAUGUUUUGGAUGAGCUGAGCACAGUGUUUGGUAACAGCUUUCAGACUCGUAUUGAUGAAUGUGUCAAGCAGAUGUCUGAUAUCCUCUGCCAAGUGAAAGGGACAGGAAAUGUUGCCGCUAAUGCCAGAAACACAGUUGCACAAGAUGCAGAUAAUGUCUUGAGACCGUUGAUGGAUUUCCUGGAUGGAAACCUGACACUGUUUGCGACUGUGUGUGAAAAGACAGUGUUGAAACGGGUGCUGAAAGAGCUCUGGAGGGUGGUAAUGAAUACCAUGGAGAAGCUGAUUGUGCUGCCUCCUCUAACAGACCAUACGGGCACACAGUUGAUUUUCAGUGCUGCUAAGGAACUGGGACACUUGUCAAAGUUGAAGGAUCAUAUGGUGAGAGAAGAAACUAGGAGUCUCACUCCAAAGCAGUGUGCAGUUUUGGAUCUAGCACUGGAUACUAUCAAACAAUAUUUCCAUGCUGGUGGGAAUGGUCUGAAGAAAACUUUCUUGGAGAAGAGUCCGGACCUGCAAUCACUUCGUUAUGCUCUCUCUCUCUACACUCAGACCACAGACACUCUAAUCAAAACGUUUGUCCAGACUCAGACAGCUCAGGUGCAUGAUGGGAAAGGUAUUAGGUUUACCGCUAAUGAGGACGUUCUUCCUGAUAAGGGCUCUGGUGUAGAUGAUCCUGUGGGAGAAGUGUCCAUACAGAUUGACUUGUACACCCAUCCAGGAACUGGUGAACACAAGGUCACAGUGAAAGUUGUGGCAGCCAAUGAACUGAAGUGGCAAACAUCUGGCAUGUUCCGUCCGUUCGUCGAAAUCACCAUGAUUGGGCCUCAUCAAAGUGACAAGAAGAGGAAGUUCACAACAAAGUCAAAGAGCAACAACUGGGCUCCCAAAUACAAUGAAACAUUUCACUUCAUACUGGGGAAUGAAGAUGGCCCUGACGCUUAUGAGCUCCAAGUUUGUGUGAAGGACUACUGCUUUGCUCGAGAGGAUCGGGUACUGGGGAUAGCAGUGAUGCAGCUCAGAGACAUAGUGGACAAAGGAAGCUGUGCUUGCUGGUGCCCUCUUGGGCGCAGGAUUCACAUGGAUGAGACUGGACUUACAGUCCUGAGGAUUCUCUCUCAAAGAACCAAUGAUGAGGUUGCCAGGGAAUUUGUGAAGUUAAAAUCUGAGUCCCGUUCCACAGAGGAAGGCACCUGAGCUCAGCUGUGUAAUGUUCCCUUUUCUCUUCUGCCUUGUGCCAAUAUGUGCAAGUGUUCAACAAUUCUCUUUUACUAAUUACAAAAGGUUUUUUCUUGUUGUCUUUGUCAGCUCUGAUAGCGCACGUGUGCUGUACAGGAAACAAUCCAUCAAUCUGAUGUGAAUUAUUUAUUUUUCGGUAGCUGGGUAAAACACCAUAGAGAAUGAGACAAUCUCUUCUUAUUUAAGAUGCAAGUUUUGCUUUGUGUAUAUAAAUUAUUUUAUAUUGCAGGCUGGGUAUGCUGGGUUUUGUUGAUAUGCAGCACUGUGAUUUUAUCCUCUGAAGCUGGCAGAUGUUAAAAAGGCUCUACAUAAUCACACUAUGAAACAAACCAACUGUAUGGAAAUUGAGAGAAGAAGAAUGAUUUGGGGUUUUGGCAAAGCAUUGAAUUUAUGCACUGUGGAGCUGCCAAAAGAUGUUCUUGCACAGAGAUUACACCAGUGUCUCAAUGUGACACCUCAGUGUCUGCUUAAAACAGCAGCAGCAAAUUGCUCUGAAGAUGUACCCCAAAUAAAUGUAUGACCAUGGAUGUGCUGCUGUGAGCGCAGGCAUCACCAGUGAAACAAGUGCAGAGAGGCUUAAGAUCUUACAGCAAAAAGCUGCUAAGACAACACACGAGGAGCAGACUGCAGCUGCCUUGCCAUAGAUCUAGAUGGUGUGUCUCGGAGAAUAUAAAUCCCUGUGUGCUGCUGGGAAUCCUGCAUCACCAUGGGGGUGCUGUAAGCUGCUGAACUCCACAAGUCACACUUUGACUACUGUGACCGACGUGGUAAGGAAGGGGACAACACCAGAGCCAUGACAAAUAAUAUGGCUGCUAUACUCUUUUUCCACUUCAAUAUUCUUUUGUUAGUUGUGUGUGGUUUUUUUUUUUAAUAAUUUAAUACUUGCAAUUUUCCUGUAGCAUUUUGUUACCUUAAGUAGCUGAGACCAUUCCUCACUAUGAAACCAGACAUGAUGGCUUGUUUGGGAGAGAACAAUACAUUCUCCCUCUGCAAGCACUCACUCUCGAGUGCUGGUGAAGGGGCAGCAGGUCCAUUUGGUUCUGAUCUUGAAGCUGCUGUUGGCCAUGCCACGGUUGAUCCACGUUGAUUGUCAUUAAUCUGUGACCUAAUGAUACCGUUGAAAAUAUUUUUGCACUAUCUUGAAGAAGCAUCCUGGUUUUGUUUUCUUGAAAAAUGAAACACUGUUCUGAUUGCAGGGAUGUCAGAAUUUCUGACUGAAAUUUCAUAAACAGGAAGGUUCGGAGCAGUGAUUGUAACUGAAGUAUGUUUUUUUAUUAUUUUUUUCCUUGUUAUGGGGCUUUUUGCUAUUUCCAGCUGCCCUUGUUCUCUGGAAAGUGCAGCUGGAACAAGCCAGUCCUUGCCCAUUAAAGUACUGUAAACUGUCAAUAAAUUCAAGGACUGCGUAUUGAAUGACUUUUUUUGUAUUUUAUUUUCUAUUUUCUCUGACACUUGUACAGCUGUAUGAUAUGACUACUGUAUUUCAUGGGCCUGCUCAUACAGUUCAGAGACUGCACAUCUGCUUUGUUCUUGUCCAUGGUGUAUUUAUAAUAAUGCUCUUCAAAACUUCACGCUAUUUGUCAUGAUUUUGAAUCGCUGUACGUGCCAUUGUUACAAGAACUGUUAGUACAGUCUUUAAUAAACUCUUUUAGCAGCA